AUGGACCCACCUAGUUACACGUCACCACCAUAUCCUUACCCACAGCCACCGCCAACAAUGCCGCCACCAAUGAUGCCACCGCCCCCACAUACGGUACAUGUUGUAUCGACUGUGGGCUUCGGCAAGGAAAGUCAACAUAUGACCUGUCCACAUUGUCAUGCAAGUAUAGCUACACGUGUAAACUCAGAGGCAAACACGAAAACACACUUGUUUGCACUACUUCUGUGUAUAAUAGGGUGUUGGUGUUGUGCACCAUGUCCUUAUUGCAUGGACAGUUGCAUGGUACAGAAACAUUAUUGUCCAGCGUGCAAUUCUUAUCUUGGAUCCACUGAAAAUUAA